AAUUUAUUAAUCCAUAAUGGCCGAAGAAAUACAGAAAAAACUGCAAAAGGAACUCGAAGUAUUCAAUGGUCUUCAAAAAGAGUAUCAUAAGGCUGUAGCUCAGAAACAACAACUAGAUAGCCAAUUGAAUGAAAACAAGGCGGUUAAAGAAGAAUUAUCGCUAUUAAAGAAUGAUUCCGAGGUAUAUAAGCUAAUAGGCCCAGUAUUAGUAAAACAAGAUCUAGAAGAAGCUAGACAAAAUGUCGCAAAACGUAUGGAAUAUAUCAGCAAAGAAAUUAAAAGAACAGAUGGUAAUAUAUCAGCUUUAGAAAACAAACAGCAAGCAAUACAAGAGAACCUUAAUAAACUGAAGAAUGAUCUUGGAAACUUAAAAAUUACUGCGUAACUGUUCUUUAUCAUAACCUAUCAUAAGUGCUUUAAUUUUUAUUUAAACUUCGUGUGUAUCCCUGUAAAUUUACUAAUAUGUUGUCUUUGGACACUAAAUGUCUAUACAAUAAUAAAUUAUUCAUUUAUUUUUAGUUGUGAAAUUUUUAAAUAACUUGUCUAUAUGAGAUUCAGAUACCUACCACACUUGCUACUAAACUUAUUAUGAAAAUCGUAAUAAGAAGAACAUGCUUUUCAUGUAGAUUCACAACCAAUCUUCAUACAGCAGUAAUAAGGGUAUUAAACAAAGUCAGUUUUUUUUUUUCAAAAGAUUUAUAUUUAUUUAUCCCAUAGCUUAAAAAAUAAUACAAAAUGCAUUCAAUGGCACAAUAUAUGGUAUAUAAUAUAAUCAGUAAAGUCAAUAUUUAACACUUUUUAUAAAUAAUAAACUUGUAAAUUGAA